AUUGGAACAGUGCUAAUGGCUUUCAUGGUUACGCCACACAUGUUGAAAGCCGAGAAAACGCCUUAUUUGAAUAGAAGACAUGUUCUGCUUCCGUAUUAUUAUCUCCGUUCUCGUUGGCCAAUAACGUCCGGGAUGGUCUUCCGCCAACACAGCACAACUAGCCGCUUCUAUAUAUUUCAGUAUUUUCUAAUAAUGUAUUCAGCAACACGAUUUUUUUCUCGUGCCCUAAUUUCAUUUUCCUCGAAUCAGUCAAAAAACAUAAGACAUUGUGCUACAGCUACCCAACUUGGCACUGUUGAUUUUGAAACUGUGAAAAAAGGACUUGAGAAAAAGAGCUUGACAUACAUAGAUGUCCGCAAUCAGAGUGAAUUACAGAAUGAAGGUUCAAUCGUAGGAAGUGUCAACAUUCCAUUGCCAGAAGUUGUAGAUGCAUUUGCUAUGAAACCCCAAGAUUUUCAUGAAAAAUAUGGUAUUUCGUUGCCAGAAAAAAAUGCAGACAACAUUGUUUUGGGAUGCCUAUAUGCAAUCAGAUCAAACAAAGCUGGACUUUAUCUUCAGACCAUUGGUUAUAAUGCCAUUCGGAUUUACAGUGGAGGCUUUAACGAAUGGAAAGCUCUAGGUGGUCCCAUAUUAAAAUCGUCAGGUGUGGCUCCCGAGCUUAACAUUCAUCAUUUGCUUAGCCGUGGUCGCAUGCAUUUCGCAGCGAGAGUUAUUAGACGCGUGGCUCAAUUUAAUUCCAAGUUUUCCUAUUCUACCGCCAUGGCUCAACCUACUGGUACCAUUAAUUUCGAAGAAAUUCGUGCCGGCUUGGAAAACAAGAAUUUAAUCUACGUGGAUGUUCGUAAUCAAAGUGAACUGCAGAGUGAUGGCAAGGUUGUUGGGAGUGUCAAUGUACCAUUGCCUGAAAUAAUGGAAGCAUUUACAUCAAGUGAUGCUGAUUUUAAAAACAAAUAUGGGUUUGACAAGCCUGAUAAAAGUGCCCCAUUAGUAGUUGGUUGUUUUGCAGGCAAAAGAGCUGCAGCUGCUGGAGAACAGCUUAGCUCACUUGGAUUCAACAUGAUAAAGGUCUACCCUGGAAGCUUAAGUGAUUGGAAGUCUAAUGGAGGAGCGAUUUCCAAAGAAUAAUUUGUUUUUAUCACA